AUGUGCAAGGUGUUUGCAAUGACUUUGCGAGGAGCAGCUCAGGAUUGGUUCCAUACCCUGCCAUCCGGGUCGAUCAACAGCUUCAAGGAGCUUACUUACGUCUUCACUAAAGAAUACACUUCUUAUCGGACGAUCAAGAAGAACCCUGACCAUCUGUUCAACCUGCGCAAGAAGCCCGAGGAAUCCCUUCGAGAUUACAUCAAGAGGUUCAAAGCAGAAAAGGCCAACAUCGUAGGGUGCGAUGACCAAAUCGCAUCCUCCGCAUUCAAGAAAGGUCUUCCAGCAGAGCAUGACUUAUAUCGCGAGCUGACUAUCACUCCCAGCCAGACUCUGGCAGAGGUCUUCGCGACCGCAGAACGCUACGCACUCUGGGAUGACGAUCGAAUCGCCGCGAAGAAGUCCACUGAGCAGGAAGAUCGACAGGCCAAGCAGGCAGAACAAAGAGGCGAUAGGCUUGGCAGCAGGGACAAAGACAAAGGCAGGCCACGUCCACAAAGAGAGGCCACGACGAAAGAGAACUACACCAAGUUCUCUAUUCCCAUACACCAAAUUUUGGCCCAAGUGAAGGACAAACCUUGGGUAAAAAGACAUUCACCCUUGAAAGGAGAUCCGGACAAGAGGGAUACCAGAAAAUAUUGUGCCUUCCAUGCGACACAUGGGCACAAUACGAAUAACUGCUUUGCUUGGAAAGCGCAUCUCGAAGAACUCGUGAGAGAAGGUCAUUGCACGGAGUUCAUCGCGAGGCAGGCCAUCCAGCAGAUAGAAGACCGCGAUACCGCCAAGGAGCCACCCCAGAAGGUCAUAAGGAUUAACACAAUCCUAGCCGACUCCGAGGAGUCUGGACUGACCAACAAAGAAAAGAAGAUGAAGAUCAAACAGGCUACUAUGAUCUCCCAAGUCUCAACUAGCCUCUCACUGGCAGAAGACGAUCCCGUGAUCGGCUUUCAAAAGAAAGACUUAAUCGGCCUUGAUCUACCACACAAUGACGCCCUUGUCAUCAGCAUUCAAAUCGCUCAGGCCAUGGUUGACCGAGUCCAUGCAGAUGAGGGCAGUGCAGCCAACAUCCUACAAUUGGCAGUCAUCCAAUAG